AUGUCCUCAUCCAUCACCAUCCCCACCCGCCAGGCCUACUGCGAGGGUGGUAAGGUCGGAUCGAGCUCAAGCUCAUCAUCGUGCUAUUCCACCUCGCCACAGACUCCCCAGCGGAAGGGGAAGAGCCCGAUGUCGACGCCGUCAAAGUCGUCGGGCCAUAAUCGAAGGCCGAGCAUGCUGAGCUCGUCCUUCUCUCAACAGGAACACACCGUCAUCAAUAUCGGUGACCCGGAUGGAACGCCUCGUCUUAUAACCUGCGUCCGCUACUCUCAAGGCUAUGAAUGGAAUCCAGAGAUCUUUCUCCCCUCGUACAUGGAGUGCGACUUCGAGUCCAUUGAACGCAAACGCGACCCCGUCCACGAGAUCAACCUCAGCGACGAAGAGAUGAAGAACAUGUUCCCCCAAUAA